AUGGACCUCGGCCAUGGAGGCCUGCGCCGACAGGCCUUCUCCAAACUCGCGGCCCUCUCCUCCAUCCGGUCCUCGACGCGCGAGGCAGAAUUCAAGCGUCUCACCUCGUCGGCACCAUCCACCAAGUCUCAAGGGAACGGCGGUGUUCUUGAUGGAGUCCUUCGAGCUAUCGCACCCACUUCGAGGGUGCCCAUGUCGCCCCGCGAACUCGAUGUCUUGCUCGCGUUGUGCACGAGUGCACAUGAUUUGCACGAGCUGUCUCAUGCCGACCGUUUAGUCAAACAGUUGACUGCUUACCUGCCCGAGUCACACCUACAGGUGUUCUCAUCUUCGCCCUUCAUUCAAGAAAUCAGGCCCGCCCCAUGGACGGCCCUCACGUUUCAACUCACAAAGGCGCUUCUCGUCCUCGGGCUCAGGUUUCCCCCGUUGAAAGAUGCAGUCGCAUACAGCAUCACGUCGUAUACGCAGAACUGGUCCAAGUCUGCUUCGGCACUGGCCGCUGUGGGGGUUGGUGAGCAGAAUGCAAACGAGGACGAAACUCAAGAGAUUGCAGCGAUAACGGUGUCGUUGAUCGGAUUCCUCGAUGCGGCGGCCGCCCAUGGGAGUUUCUGGUCCCCCUACGAGACAGUCGAACUUACUCGGUGCUUGAAAGAAGCUUUGUCAGAGCGAUUCCUGAUAGCCGUUGAGACUGCUUCGUCGGCUAUCCGAAACUCCACCUCGCCCGAUGCCGCCGAACGAGAUUGGCGAAAAUACCUCAAGAGAUUCGCCGCGCAGGGGCUUCCUGUCGGAGCUAUGUUGCUGCAAAAGGGCUUCAUGAAACUGGUCCUUGCAUGCUCAGCGAGAAUGUCAUGCGGGGAGCACGCAGUAGAAUGCGGAGACAUACUCGAUCAAUACAUCGCCGGCACUCAUCUAAAUCGAGUCAAAGAUGACGGUAUUACUGAUGACAUGGUGGAGUAUCUGGUGGACAUUGUCAGUGAGCAGAUGCGCGUACUGGAGGAUGGCUCGGAUUACCUACAGCUCAGCUCCGUCUGGCAACAGCGUCUUGCCUUUUCUGUCAAGGCAUACGCCGUGGAAGCAUACUUGCAUUGCUUGGUUCUUGACGAUGAAAUUGCUGAUGCUGAGGACCUGGCCGGAUGGCUUGAGGAUUCGAUUGCCAACCAAGUCCAGAUGGCAGAUAUUGACCUUGCGGACAUAGUACUGAAAAGCAUGGCCGUUGUGGCCAAACAUAUCCCUGAGGGUGCCAACAACUACGCCCGGAUCCUGUUAAGAUUUAUUGUCCGAGGCACCUCGAGACCACCAGCAGUUGCCGUCGCUGCGCAAAGCCUGUCGCAUAUUUUGAGGAUGCUGUCACAUGAUGCUGUCAUCACAACGAUAUAUUCACUGGGGAAUGUUCUGAGUUCGCAGACAGGAGCCGAAAAGGUUCACCAGGCUCACGGGACGUUGGACAUCAGUGGCCAAAAUGGUUCCAUGUCUUCUACGACGAGACUACGCACUGGAAGCGUCAUAUCACUCUCCUUGAGUGGCGACGAAGAAACAUCACUGGUCUGUGGAAAUGUUGCAGAUGCAAUCGUCGUCUUGGCCACCGAAUGCAACGACAGCAAAAUCAUUGCUCUGGCACAGAUGAUGAUGCUGCAAAAGGUUGGGAGAAUCAGCGUCGUGGUUGACGCUCGUAUUAUUGAAGAAGCCGCAAAGCUUGCCAUUAUUGGCAAGGAAAACGAGUUCAAGGCCUUGCUCAGACUCUACACUCGACUGCAUCACGAGGCUGUCGUCCAGGAAAAUGCCACUAUUUUACAAUCUGUCCACAAUGGACAAGAAUAUAUUGCAAUCAACUUGGACAACCGCUCGCCACUAUUCAAGAUCUAUGCGAUGCAGCUGCUGGAACGAGUCCUCAGCAAGGGGGAUGUCGUUGAAGGAGAAUUCAAACAGUCUGCGGAAGUCGAACAAGCCGCGAAGGAGAUAGCACCUCUUCUCAAGCCUCUGUCUAUUCUCGCUUCUCGAAAACCCGCUCUGACGAUCGAGAGCACACUUGCCGAAGACGGCGAUGUGCUAAGCAUGGUUAGAGAGGUUUGGUACAAUGUGGCCGUACACGGUAUCACACUCCAGUCCCGCAUCGGCCAGCAACAUUACCAUGAUUUGCGAGUGUUGGCGAUGAACUCGUUGCCCCUCGUGGAUGAUGACCGUGCCGAGCUUCUGGAAUCAGACGUGGAGAUCAACACAGUCCUACGGAGAGGAAUGAACUCUCAUCAUAUGAACGAUCAAAAGAAAGCUCUGCUUUUCGCUAUCCCAGACCGAGAAUCUGACAUCGGCAAGUUGAGUUACCAGAAGGUAGUGUUUUUAAAUGCUGUAUUUCUGGUCGAAAGUCUCCGGGCUGUGUCCGGGAGCUGUGCGGAGAUUCUGGACUAUUUCUCGGACCCGACUACGCAAACUAGCCAUAUGGGAACAUGCCUUGGCUCCAUUGCGAACGAGGUUGUGAAAAGGUACACCCAAAAAGCUGUAGCUGGGAAGGAUGACGACUUCAGCGCACCCUACGUGUCUCGACAACUAGCUCGGAUUUUGAGUGGCUGCUGCCACCGUAGCAGCAAGAUGCAAGAGGUCGCAAGGGCGGCAGCCAACCACAUCAUCAGCUUUGUGCCUUCUGCCUUGUGUCAGAAGUCUGCGUUGUUCGCUUUGCUGGAGCUCCUCUCAUUAAUGUGGUCCAGUUGUCUCGAUGCCGAUACUGACGAGUACGAAUGGCGGUCCACCCUCACCUCUACCAGAGGCAAGAUAACGGUUGAGUUGUCUGACGACUACGCUUUCCGCAAGCGCACUCUGCAAGCCCUGCAUAGUGACGCCAGAAAGUGGGUGACCAUGGUGAUGGGAGUGGCACCUUUGGAUAUCAAGGGCCUCCUUCAGACAUAUCUAUCUGAAUUCGAUGAUACUGGGGGAUACGGCCAUAUUUCAUUGGGCAGAUCUUUCGCUCUGGAGAUGGGCUCCAUGAUCCCUCCAACAGAUCGUAGACUCAACGCCAUUGACCGAAGAAACGAUUCGACAGACAUCAACAUGGCGUCUGAUUUUGUAGCCCAAUAUACCGCUCGACAAGAAUAUCGAUUCACCGGUAUCCCGGACCACCACCGCGACAAUGUCUACAUGGACGACACGACUGGACGAAGAUCUUCACUGCAGAGGCCCUCUACUGAUCCAAUGCCUGUUUUGCAAGAUGCACUCCUCGACCUUCACAAAAGAACAAGUCGGAAGGUUCACGUCAAAGCAUUUGAAGUCAAGGAUGUUCUCCGACGCGCAGCGGCUCUCCUCUGCCAAAGCAAGAAGUCGCAGACAGCUAUCGUUCACUAUCUGGUCAAUAUUCCUUUCGCCAUUUUCACGAAAGAAUCCAUUAAACUUGGGAUUUCUUUGUGGCUUGGGGUCAUUCAUGAGAAUACCAGGAUGGAAGCCCGGAUCUUGACAGAAGUUGCGCAGGCCUGGGAAAGGACGAUUGAUCGAAAAGUCGGCAUCUUCAGUCCCAAAUUCGAGCAACCGGAUCCCUUUUAUGUCAAAGAAGAGUUCGCACCAUCCGACAGAGCCGCCCUGCAUAAGGAAGCGCAAGCGGCGCACAACACCAUUGCCCCCCAUUUCCGGCUGAUGCAGUUUUUCGAGAGUCAUUUUAAUGCCAUCAGACUUGGAAGCGCCAAUACUCAACGCACGUUUAUCCGACUGCUUGAGCGAACUCUUCUUGGCUUUAUCCACAUCAAGGGCCAUCCUCUUUUGCGCGACAUACAAUUUCACACGGUCCUCUUUGCUCUCCGAGUCGUCAAAAACAGUACUUGUCUCAACAAGUUGUCCAUGUGGAAAUUAAAAGAUCUUAUUCUAUCCGUCGGUCUGCAGUGGUUUGCUAAGCCGCCAUUCUGGUCUUUUGGCGGUAAUCGGUUACAAUUAUUAGCUGAAGUCCAAGUUAUGCAAGAUGUUCUAGCCUUGUUGCAAGGAACUCGAACACCCAUCUUCCCAGCGUCGGCGACCAGAAAAGACCCUCAGCAGAAACAGGAGCUGUUGGAAGCUCUCCUCCUGAACGAAAUCAACCGGUUAAACGUUUGGCUAUCGCCUCUUGGUCAUUCGGGACACCAGAGUCAGCCGGACUCUCAUGUUGCCGGCCUUGUUCGAACCGCAUGGGCAGAGGAUCCAGCGCUCGCUGUACAGCUUCUCGCACGGUUCAACAAUGACCAGCUUCGCCGCGACGUCCGAUUCCUACUUAUGAAUCAGCCGGAGAAAGCCUUGCACGAAGCGAAUGCAGUCGAUUUGUUGCUUGGAGAUACUUUGUCGUCAGACCUGUCCUUCCAGUUGAAGUAUCUCCUGUACUGGCGGCCGGUCAACCCUGUUCAAGCCGUAACAUACUUCAUGCCUGCUUUUGGAAACCAUCCAUUCAUCAUCCAGUACGCGAUGAGAGCUGUGGAGAGCCAUUCUGUCGAUGUUACGUUUUUCUAUGUCCCACAAAUUGUACAGGCCCUACGGUACGAUACGCUAGGAUACGUCGAGCGGUACAUCAUCGAGACUGGCAAGUUCUCACAAUUAUUUGCCCACCAGAUUAUUUGGAACAUGAAGGCCAACGCAUACAAGGAUGAGGACUCACAAGUGCCAGAUCCUGUCAAGCCCACACUGGAUAAAGUCAUGAACAGUCUGAUUUCAGGGUUCUCUGGCGAAGACAAGGACUUUUACGAACGGGAGUUUGCAUUCUUUAGUGAAGUGACGGAUAUCUCGGGCAAGCUCAAGCCCUUUAUCAAAAGGCCUAAGCCGGAAAAGAAGGCCAAGAUCGAAGAAGAACUUCGGAAAAUCAAAGUUGACGUUGGGGUUUAUCUUCCGAGCAACCCUGACGGCGUUGUGGUUGGUAUUGACAGGAAAUCCGGGAAGCCGUUGCAAUCUCAUGCUAAGGCACCAUACAUGGCAACUUUCCGGAUUCGCAAAAAGAAGGACGCCUCCAACGAGGAGACAAGCGAGCUGAUCGAAUCAGCGCCGAAGACCCAGACCGCCAACUCCAGAAUAAGUCACAGCCGCAGAAACACCAGUGACAUUUCCAACGUUGAACUGAAUGAUGGGAAUUGGGCGACUUACGAGGUCUGGCAGAGCGCCAUCUUCAAAGUUGGCGAUGAUUGUCGCCAAGACGUCCUCGCGUUGCAGAUGAUUGCGGCUUUCCGGGGCAUCUUCAACUCUAUAGGUCUGGACGUCUACGUCUUUCCGUACCGUGUCACCGCCACGGCGCCCGGCUGUGGCGUCAUCGACGUUCUUCCGAAUUCUAUCAGCCGCGACAUGUUGGGCCGAGAAGCGGUGAAUGGUCUGCAUGAUUACUUCAUCACCAAAUACGGCGGCGAACAUUCGGUGCGGUACCAGGAAGCUCGCAGUGAAUUCGUGAAGAGCAUGGCUGCAUAUUCUGUCAUCACGUACCUCUUGCAAUUCAAGGAUCGCCACAAUGGAAACAUCAUGAUCGACGACAAGGGCCACAUCCUCCACAUUGACUUUGGAUUCUGCUUCGACAUUGCCCCCGGCGGAGUCAAAUUCGAACGGGCACCCUUUAAAUUGACGCCGGAAAUGAUCGCCGUCAUGGGCGGAGAUGACCCUCAUACUAGUCAACCAUACCGCUGGUUCGAAGAGCUCACCAUCAAAGCCUUCCUCGCGAGCAGGCCCUACUGCGACAAGCUCAGCCACUUGGUAAGUCUGAUGCUGGACAGCGGGUUACCGUGUUUCAAGCCCGAGACGAUGCGGAACUUUAAGCAGAGAUUCGUGCUGGACAAGAGCGAGAGGGAGGCUGCGGAGUUUAUGCUGGGUUGUAUCAAGAAGAGCGCGGCGAACGUGACGACCAAGGUGUACGAUGAGUUUCAAUUAAUCACCAACGGGAUCCCGUACUAG